AUGCGGCUAAUCAACACCAAAACAUUAGAGCUCCACGAGUUUUUCAACGAGAACACGCCCCCUUAUGCAAUCCUGUCGCAUGCUUGGGGCGACCAAGAGGUCACGUUUCAAGACUGGCAAGCCCGCCACCACGCCACUUUAAAGCAUGGAUACUGGAAAAUCCUGAAAGCAUGCAGCAAAGCAGUUAACUAUAAGCUUAAGUGGCUCUGGGUUGAUACAAACUGUAUUAACAAGAGUAGCUCAGCAGAGCUUACUGAGGCAAUAAACUCGAUGUUUGCAUAUUAUCAGAAGUCGAAAGUCUGCUUUGCUUACCUAGCCGACGUGCAUACCGCCAAUCAAGACAUAGAACUUUUGAUGUCGCAGAUGAGAAACAGUCUUUGGUUUACGCGAGGUUGGACACUUCAAGAGCUUAUAGCGCCUAUAAACUUGAUCUUUUAUGCCGCAGAUUGGUCUCAGAUAGGCCGGAAGGAUGAUUCUGUCGCUGAUUUGAUCUCGCUGAUUACCAAGAUCGACAAGAGAUAUCUCAAUGGGCAAGUCGGUGUUCACGAGGCUUCGGUUUCAAAGAGAAUGUCUUGGUUAGCAAAGAGAACCACAACACGAACCGAGGAUAUGGCAUACUGUAUGCUUGGCAUAUUCGAUAUUAAUAUGCCUCUGCUCUAUGGGGAAGGGAAGAGGGCGUUUUUUCGGCUUCAGGAAGAAAUCAUAAAGGGUUGCAACGAUCAUACAAUCUUCUGUUGGGGAUGGAACGAGGAUGUUCCAAGCAACUGGGGCAGUCUUCUUGCUCCCUGGCCGACUGUCUUUGAUGGCGCCGGGGGCUUUGAAAGAUUUGACGGCGACGAGAUAAAUGUCUUUUCCAUGACGAAUGCUGGCCUGUCCAUUCAGCUACCUGUAGUAGCAGCAUUCGGAGCCUCACACACCAUGGCCAGUUCAUGGUUCAUUAAGCUACAAGCUGCGCCGGCAAGCACGAUAUUCAAUUUCUCAGAAGCAGCGUGUUUACGUGUUGUGGGUCGCAGGGUAGGCGAUUUAUUAUACGUAUCACGCUUCCCGUACCCUCCCCAGCCAGUGACUAUGUCGACAAGCCCAACGUCCAAGUUCGAGACAGAAUCUCUUCUGGUGAUGAACAAACUGGCAAAUGGGGCAGGGUUAGAACCUCGACAGAAACAGGCGGAACUCUUGGAUCCCAGCUCUCUAGAGUUUACUCCUAUUCAUACCUCAUCGGAUCUUCAGUUCAACUGGCAUUGUGCGGCUUCACACGCAUGCGAUUAUCAUUUGAGUUCGGUGGAGGGCAGGAUCGUUGUGACAAUUGAUAAAGAUGCUUCUGACUGGGCUGUAGUCCUGGUGGGAAGGACACACAACCGACAGCGACCGAUGCCAUGUAUCUUGCUUGGGGCUAAAACGAAAGAUGAUUCUGGUGGUGUUGCAACAGGGCUCGUGGCGGCACAGGGAGGCAACCGUGCCGAGGCACGAGAUGAGGCAUAUAGAAUCUUGAGUGAGUGGAGGCAAAGAGCCACGUCAAGCGAUUACACCAGAUCGUGGGUUACUUCUGAGGAAACGCUUGGAAUAACCAUGGUUAUGGAGAGAUCCAAGGAUAUUAUAAGGGGCACCAGUGACAGGUAUUUCUUGUGUCUCUACAAGAAUGAGUUGAACAGGAAUGCGACUGCUGAUUGA